GUAAAUGUUUGAAAAUUUUUGUUCAAAUUACUAAAUUUAUCAGCUGUCAGAGAAUAAGCCGCACCAUCUCGAGCUUAAAUCUGCUUUUGAUAAACAAGCGUUUAUCUUGCACGGUGCGGCAGUCUGCUUGAUAAGGAAUCUCGUAUUAAAACUCUAAUACAAUUUGAGAUUUCAUUGCAAAGGCCUUACUACAACCAGUCUUAAGUAUUAUUUCAAAAGCAAAGAUGGAGAAAAAGCCAGAAAAGGUAUCUAUUGAUGAUGCUCUGUCUGAAACAAAAUUCGGAAAAUUCAAUUACAUUCUUAUUCUGUUAUGUGGAUUAGUUAUGAUAAAUGUUGUCCUAGAAUGCGUUGGAAUAAGUUUUGUUUUGCCGGUGAUCAAUUGUGAUAUGGACUUAUCUUUUCAAAAGAAAGGAAUUCUUGGUGCUGUUGGUUUUUUUGGAAUGAUUUUUAGUUCACAUUUGUGGGGCUUCUUAGCUGACACAACUGGAAGAAGAAAAGUUAUGAGACCGACACUCUUUGUUGGUUAUUUUGUGACGGUGCUUUCAAGUUUUUCACCAAAUUUUUGGACCUUGGCUGUUCUACGAUUCAUCAAUGGAUUUAUGCUAUGCGGAAGUUCUGCAACUGUUUAUGCCUUCCUUGGUGAAUUUCAUUGCAACAAGCUGAGGACUCGAGCUCUAAUGACUUCGGCCUUUAUCUCAGCAGUUGCAGCUAUUUUCUUUCCAUUAUCAGCUUGGGCUGUCAUUAACCAAACGUGGACAGUAGAAAUUCCACUUAUAAAUUUAACCUAUACACCAUGGAGAAUGUAUAUUCUUUUAAUUGGUUCACUUGGUUUAAUUUGUGGAUUGAGUCUUUUCUUUAUACCUGAGAGCCCAAAAUAUUUGCUAUCUGUUGGUGAGGAAGAAGCUGCCAUGAACGUUUUGAGAAAAAUGUAUUCAAUCAAUACUGGUCAAAGUCGUGAUAGCUUUAAAAUCAAUUCAAUUAAACCUGAUAAUGAAGAAAUUCAAAGGUUUAAAGUGGCAAACGGGAAGAGUGUAAAGGAUAUUGUUAAGUCUAUGUGGAAUCAGACAGUUCCACUUUUUAUGCGAGAACAUUGUCGAAAAACUAUGCUGGCAUGUUUUAUUCAAUUUUGGACAUUUUACACAGCUCAUGGAGUUUAUAUGUGGUUUCCUUAUAUUCUCAACAAAGUAAUGCAAUAUACCAAUGAAUAUCCUUCUACAAAUUUGGAUGUAUGCGAUAUAAUUUAUUCGAUGGCAGAAAAGACAAGAAAUGCUCAUUUGAAUGUAACAACUGGUAUAUCUGUAGAUAACAAAGUUUGUGACAAAGUUUUGGAAAACUCAACUUAUAAGCAUAGUUUAUUCCUUGAGUUUAUCUAUGUAAGCUUAUUCCUAUGUAUUGGAUUUUUAACUGGAAAAGUAGGACGUAUUCCAACUUUAUUCACAAUUUUGUUUGUUUGUGGUGCAUGUGGGGUCUUGAGUGCACUUGUAACGAUACCAAUGGUUGCUGUGUACUUUCAUAUAAUUUUACUUAUAUCUGGUUUGGGAACAACCGUUGUUAAUGUUAUUGUUGUGGAUAUAUUUCCUACGAAUCUCAGAGCAAUGGCUGUUUGUAUUUCUCUUAUGCUGGGAAGAAUAGGAAGUGUAACUGGCGCCUAUGUUUUUGGAACGUUAAUUGAACAUUACUGUAAGACCUCAUUGUUUGUUGCGACUAUUCCAAUGAUAGCCUGUGCCUUCUUAUCAUUGCUUCUACCAAGUGAUGUAAAUAAGAAAAAAGAGAAAAACAGCAAUGUAGAUAAUGAUGAUGUUUAAUGUACUGAAACAUUUAAAUCCCACCUGAUAUUGUAGUUUUUUUUUUUAUACAGAAAAGUUUUUAUAACUAAUACAAAAACUAAUGUGUAUAAUGUAUAUAUAUUUAAUUUUUUACAAGAUAAAUACAAGUAAUUAUGUUAAUUAA